AUGGCUAAAAGAACACAACCAAAUUGGUCUUUGCCUUCCGCUAAGGUGAAACGACCGGUUUUAAAUCUCUAUAAUAGUUUGACCCGACAGAAAGAGGAAUUUGUUUGUGGUCACGGGAAUCGAGUGAACUGGUACAGCUGUGGGCCAACUGUGUACGACGCUUCGCACAUGGGUCACGCGAGGUCGUACAUAUCAUUUGACAUUCUGAGACGAGUGUUGACUAACUACUUUGGGUAUGAUGUGUUGUAUGCUAUGAACAUCACUGAUAUCGAUGAUAAAAUUAUAAAGAGAGCCAGACAGAACUACUUGUACGAGAAAUAUGUUAAAGAAGCAAAAACAUUAGAUCAGAUUGUUGACGAUGCAACCGCAGUCAUAGACUUCUAUGAAGGUAUAGUGAGAGAAGCCAAUGAUCCCGAUAAAAAGAACACCUUGCAAAAAAUGCUGGAUAGUGUCGCUUCAGCUGUAAAAACUUUAAAAUCAGCCUUACAAGAAAAUAAAUCGGAUAAAAUUGAAGAAGCGAAAAAUGAUCUCUUAAAAACUGCUAAAGAUCCAAUAUCAGUCUGGUUGGAUGAGAAGUAUGGAGCUACUGUAACGGAUAAUGGGAUAUUUCAAACACUGCCGAGAUAUUGGGAAAAUGAGUUCCAUAAAGAUAUGAAAGCUCUUAAUGUCUUGCCGCCUGAUGUGUUGACAAGAGUCAGUGAGUACAUUCCACAAAUUAUUACCUUCAUCCAGAAGAUUAUUGACAACGGUCUGGCUUACGAGUCAAAUGGUUCUGUGUAUUUCAAUGUGAGCGAGUUUGAUGGCAAAGACAAGCAUUACUAUGCCAGGCUUGUCCCGGAGGCCUAUGGAGACACUAAGUCUUUGCAGGAAGGGGAAGGCAAGUUGAUUUCAAAUUUCUUUAUAUUUCCAGGUGAUUUAACCGAUAGUGCAGGUGAGAAGCGUUCUCCCAAUGAUUUCGCUCUCUGGAAGCAGAGUAAAGCGGGCGAGCCGUCGUGGGAGUCGCCUUGGGGUCGCGGGCGUCCCGGCUGGCACAUAGAGUGCUCCGCCAUGGCUUCUGAUGUCUUCGGAGACAACCUCGACAUACACACGGGAGGAGUAGACCUAAAGUUUCCCCAUCAUGACAACGAGCUGGCUCAGAGCGAGGCUCACUUCGACAAGCCGGGCUGGGUGAACUACUUCCUCCACACGGGUCACCUCACUAUAUCUGGCUGCAAGAUGUCAAAAUCCUUGAAGAACUUCAUCAGCAUCCAACAAGCCCUGACCCAGCACUCGGCGCGUCAGUUGCGGCUGGCCUUCUUGCUCCACGGCUGGCGAGAAACUUUGGACUACUCACAAAACACUAUGGACAUGGCGCUCCAAACUGAGAGGCUGUUCAAUGAGUUCUUCCUGACCGUGAAGGACGCUCUCCGAGGUCUCCGGGACACCGAGGGUCCGUGGGGGGAGGCCGAGCGGCGCCUGGCGGGGGCGAUCACCGCGGCUAAAGAAAACGUGCACCUCGCGCUCUGUGAUAACAUCGACACUCGUUCAUCGUUGGACGCGCUCCGUGAGCUGGUGAGCGCGUGCCACGUGUACCUGGGCGGAGUCCCCGCGGGCCCCCGGAGCGCCCCGCUGCUGCGAGCCUCCGCCCUCUACGUCACGGACAUACUGCAUGUGUUCGGGGUCAUCGAGGGCCCAAGGGGACUGAUAGGGUUCCCCACGGCCGGCGCGGGAGAAGUGGCGUUGGAAGAGGCUGUGAUGCCGUACUUAGAGGUGCUGGGUUCAUUCCGUGCGGGCGUGCGGUCCGCGGCGAGGAAAGUAGGGGCUGGGGAGGUGCUGGCUUUAUGUGACCAGCUGAGAGACGACCUGCUGCCCGAGCUGGGUGUGAGGCUCGAGGAUAAACCUGAUAGGACGGUCUUGAAGCUUGUCAAUAAAGACGAACUGAUCAAGGAAAGAGAAGAGAAGAAGAGGCAAGAAGAAGAGAGACAGAAGAAGAAGAAGGAACUGGCUGACGCUCAGAGGAUGAAGGACGAACAGAAGAAGAUACCGCCGGAGGAGAUGUUCCGUAGAGAGGGGAAGUACUCCAAGUUUGACGAACAGGGCCUGCCCACUCAUGACAUAGAAGGCAAGGAGCUUAGCAAGGGACUAAUAAAGAAGCUGCAGAAAUUACAGCAGCUCCAGGAGAAGAAGUACAAGGAAUACCUGGCGAGCAGCCAGAACUGA